AUGUACAAGUCCCCAUUCCCCUUGUCUACUUCGUACUUACCCAACGACAUACCCCAGCCCGACCUGGCCAAACCAUCGGAAGCCGAUUUUGCUAAAUACCAAUCUCAGGCUGAGUACAUCCGCCGACUAUCUCUUUUCCAGCCCAGCACGGAAGCUGCUCCGCCAACUUCGACAACCACGUUGGGUUGGGGCUCUGAAACCAGCGCCCUGUCAGGCCUGGGAGUGGGUGCGACUACCUUCGCAUAUCCGCCUAUCUCUGCUGAGGUGGAUCUUACCAGUCACGCUCGCCGUUUAUCUACGGAGUCUAGUAGCGACUCGUCUGCCUCGCCGUCCCCUACGUGGUCAAGUGUCCAUCUUCCCUUAGACAUGUUAUCGCAGCAACAUCUCAACCAUGAGACUUAUGCCCAUGCCCACAGCGAUGAUCCACCAGACAGGUCCUUCGGCUUAUCGCCGAGCACAAAUUUCGGUCACAACGACGGAGAAUUUUCUUCAGCGCUCGGUUUAAUGAGUCUGGAGGAUCCUGACGCAUUAGCCGAGUUCUCCAACGACGUCGCGUCCUUCUUUGCGAUGAAUGUAAUAGACACCUUUUCAGACAAUUUCGACUCCACACCAAUGCCUCGCAAGCCCUCCACUCGCGGAGCCAGCCUUCUUUGUCCCCCCCAUCCAGCUAACCCCGCCAAUGCAUCCACCAACGGCCCUUCCUACACUAACUUACAAUCUCCCAGAUCUCGCGACGAGGAGCUUCGCGCUCUCAAAGAUAGCUGGAAGAUGUACCUCCGUACACCGCUUAGCGGGCCCGAGGAGCCUAUGUUCACCGACUUCUCUACUCCAGCCUCCACAGGUCAUUCAUAUCAUCGCACAUGCGUGUCCUCGAUGCCAAGCGUGCAGACCCCUUCUGCAGAACGCUCAGGACCGUUUGCUGCUAACGGUGCGCCGCCCUCGACACGCAGGACGAUGCACGGGAAUCCAGACGACCUCAGAUCGUAUGAGGCCGCCGUCCUCGCUCGUCGUGCCCCCUCCGUCUCAGUCUACCCACUUGUCUCCGUGGCGGAUGGUGCCACUGCAUCUGUGCGACCGUCGUUCAAGCGUCUCGCAUCGCGCACGCUGGGCCCGGAGAAUGCUAAACGCACCAUGUUUGCUUACGAUGCCAGCGACGAUGAAUCAGACGCAGUCGAUGGCGAAUUUGACCGAAGGGAUGUAUCUUAUCGAUGGAACCCUGAGCAGCAGCAACUGUCGCAGCCUGGGUUCCAACCCGGGUUUCCUCAAGCCGCGAUGCCCCCACCAUCGUCGUUUGGUGAUCUGGCUGGCCGACGGCGAAUGAGCGUGCCUGCUAUGCGCCCGACCGUCUUGAUAUCCCAGCUGCUGGACAGUUGA